AAGUCAGUCAAGAUCGAAACAUCGCCGCCGACAAGGAAAAUAAUUAAACCAACCGAGGGCCUUCGUUCGUCGUCACGUGACACGGAAAAACAAAUGCGCGGUAGUCACCCAAACGAUUAUUCGUUCUAACGAGGAGCCGCGGAACUACAAUCGAAUGGAGAGGUUUCUUCGUAAUAAUGGAAAAAAAAUCGAGAAAGUUGAAUCUACAAAGACGCCCAUUACACAGCGUCAGAUUUAGUGUUGAUACCAAAGCGUGUACAGUUCAAAGCAGAAAUAUUCCAUAUAUUGUUGGAUACAGUUGGGACAAAUGUGGAAGAAUUAAGGAGCUGAGAAUAAGACACUUGGCAAGAAAGUUCCUAAAAAUAUGGACGCAGAACACCUUUGGUCGAAAACUUCCUCAUGCAGCCAAGUGUCAUUAUGACAGUGUGCUACUGAGAAAAACAUUUCAGGGAUGGAAAGAGGAGUGUUGGGUAUCUGGGAGGGGGUGGAGUCUUUCAGUACGUGCAGAGUAUCAUUACAGGUAUUACCUGCUCUACAUGACAUUCAGAAGGUGGCAAACAUUUAUGUCACUGCAAAUGGAAAAGAAGAGCAAAAUCCAAAAAGCUCAAGAAUUUGAUGAUAGGCGACGUAUGCGUCACAUUUGGGACAAGUGGGAGCUUUUCAUCCAAAUGAGUCGGCGGAAAAGCAGAGCACGUCAAUUAGCUGAAGAGCAACACAGGCGCACAAGUCUUCUUUCAUUAUGGCGUUUGUGGAAGAUGAGGCUGCAACAGCAUCGAAACAUUUGCACUAUGGAGGACCAAGCCUUGACACACAGGGCAAUGAAUCUACAUAGCAGGGUGAAGAUGAAGAUUCACCAUUUCUCUGCAUGCCAUGCUUCUCCAGAUGCAUUUCUUCAGUGGAAAGAGCUGCACUCUGCUGCUUGUUCCGAGAUAGAGAAACAAUCUGAAGCUUCACUUCACUUAAGCAGCACAGUGACAAAGAAAUCAUUGCACGAGUGGCAAAGUUUUGUCUCCUGUCAGCAGCACAAGAAACCCUUAAAAGCUGUAGCUAAGCACGUCGCCUGUCUUCACCUGAUGAGGCUGAGCUGGAGAGUGUGGAGGAGCGAGUGGCAUCGCAAACAGAGCAAGGAAGAGCGUUUGCAAGCCACAGGGCAACUGACAGGCCGGGUAUCUCAGCGCGAAGCCCUGCUACGCUGGAAGGCGUAUGUGACAUGGCGUAAACAAAAAGCCGAUAGAGGCCAGGUGGCAUGUCAACGCCACCACCAUCGCCUGCAGCGUGCAGUACUAAAGGGUCUGUCUUUGAACGUGUCGCAGAACAGAGUUAAACGGCUAAACAACAACACAGCAGUUCAACAUCAUUACCGAACUGUCAUAAAUAAACAUUGGAGGCUGUGGAAAGAGCGACUGGAGGAGACUGACGACAAACCUUUCCAAGCCCUGACAGACAUGGUAUUGACCAACUACAGGACACACCUGUUGAGUCGCUGUUUUGACCACUGGAGUGAGAAACUUGCACAGCAAAGACAUAUGCAGGAGCUGGAGUGGCGUGCUGAUGUUUGGUUUGAUGAGCACCUUUUGGCCCAUUAUUUCAAUUCCUGGUGUAAAUAUAUUCUGCAGAGAAGACUGAAGAAAGACAGGAGAGACAAGGCAGAUGUCUAUAAUAAGCAGCGCCUGUGCACUUGGGUGUUGUGCACCUGGCGGGAGCGGUCAGACAAACACAAGGAUGAGAUGCUGUCGCUGCGAAUAGCCAUUCUUCACGAAGAGCAAGGCCGCGUGCAGAGAGCCUGGGCUCGAUGGAGGAAACGGACAAAGCAGCUGCAGGAGAAGCAGCAGGCAUCAGAACAUCAUUACCCGCAUUUUCCUCACACCUCGUUGGAGCAGCGGAAAGACACCAGUGAGUUACAGGCCAGGACCAAUGAGCAGCAAGCUUGUCGUCAGGACGAUCUUUACUGUGUCAGAUGGGCUUUGGAUAGGUGGAAAAAGUUUGUUCAGAGACAGAAAUUGACAAAAAGCAGGCUUGAGCAGGUUCAGUGUUGCCAUGAAAACAAAAUUGACAAGCACAGCUUUGAGCCCUGGAAGCUCCAGUACAGCCUCAAAACGUUUGAGCCGACAGAACGAGCACUUUGGCAUUGGGCCCUCACUCUUCAAGCCAAGGUGCUAUAUGGGUGGAGUCUGUGGGUCAUAAAGAAGCGCAGGAAGAAGAUGGAGGCGUUAGAAGCUGCUCAGGUGGACAAAAUCCAGUCGCUGAAGGUGUUCCUGGCCUGGAGAGAAGAAACAAAGCAUGCGGUGUCUGACCCGCAUCAGAAGAGAAAAGCACUCAACAGGCCUCAGAGUUCUUUAAAUCAAGUGGAGCUGCUGCAGAGGGAGCGAAUAAGCCCCGAAAAAGCCCGGAAGCAUUACGACUCCAAACUGCUGUGUAAAGUGCUGAGAGCAUGGAAGACGCAUCACCAUAGCUGCCUCAAAUAUAAGCUCCAGUCAAAACUCAAGGUGUCCGAACAGACAGAGGAAGCACUCUGGCAUUGGGCCCUCACUCUUCAAGCCAAGGUGCUGUAUGCAUGGAGGCUGUGGGCCUCAGAGCAGCGCAGAAAGAGGACCGAGGCGGUGGAAGCUGCUCAGGUGGUUAAAGACCGUCCACAGAGUGCGGGCGCGACAUGCAUCGUGACAUACGGCGAAGACAUGAAUGACAUCAGGGGGAGCCUGCCAGAGCUUGGAACGCAACGAGAAGAAGAACCAGCGUGUUUGCAGUGGGAGGAAAAACAAAAGCUACACAUUCAGAAGGUGGUGAAGUGUUGUGCAAUGAGGUGGAAGCAGCGGGCCCUUUGCAAGCCACCAAAAAAGACGGUGACCUUCUGUUAUCCUGAUUUGAAACCUGAUUCUCUAUCUGACUCAGGGGAACGUGACGGAGACGACAGUGAGCUAAUCCGUCCCUUAAUGCGACGCCAGCCUCGACGCUGCGAGGAACUGUUUGAGCCCUCUCCGAAAGUAUUACCAUAUGAUGGCGGAGACGUGCGUCAUGUGUCACCCCAGAAAACUCCGGUCUCCAUCACGGACCCGCCUCAGACACAGUGUGAGGUGCUACUGCCUCCCACUGCUUUCAUGAGCACAGAAAACAAAGUGCCGUUGGGACGUGGCAGCAUCUUCAGCCCAACAAUGGGACCCAGUUCAGAACAUUUUUCAUCAACACCUUCAGACGUACACGCGAGGGAACCAAGUGGAGAGUCGCCGGCUUCAUCGCUGAUAAGUGAGCUAAUGAGCAUCCAGCAGGACAUGAGGAGCUUCCAGCAGGACCGGAAGCAACUCAGGCUCUGGCAGAGAGUGAAAGAUGUGUUGCAGAGUUGGCUGCAGACCAGUGGAAAAGAUGAGGAAAUGGAUACCAGUGCAGUUUGUCAACAGGUCAAGGAGCUCGAGGAGCGCAUCGAGAGAUUGUCCUGUGAGCUGGGAACACGAAGGCUGACAAUGCGUUUUCAUUCAGAAAGGCUCCAACAUUUACAAGCUGUCCUCGACUGCUCAGGAUUUUCUUCUCUUUAUCGACAAGUGCAGAUGUAAACGUAACAUUUCACACAAUGAUUGGAAGUUAAAGUUUGGUCAAUUCAUUAUAUUCACUUUUUCUUAACAGUGUACCACGAACAUUUGAUUAUUUGGUCAUUCAGUGCAGGAAUCAUCCUUUUAACGUCCAGCUGUGUUGUAGAGUCAGUGAAGUACAAUAUAGUUCAUCAUAUACAUCUUAAACAUGAAGAAAACGCCAGCAAUACUUUUUUGACUAUCAAUUACAAAAAAGAAAGAAAACACUCCCUUUCCCAUUGUAAUUGUUCAGGGUUUGCCAAAAAUGUCAUCUCUUUGCUUACUCAUCAAAAUGUGACAAUGAAUAAAAGCACAUUUACA